AUGGAUGCUGGGGUGGAGAGGAAGGAUAUCGAGGCUGGGUUCGGGACUUGGUGCUACAGUGAGCCGGGGGAUAGGAAGGCGUGGGGAGAUGCCAUGAUUGAGAGGUUGAGAACGGGACAGAUGAGGGGACGGGGAAUUGAGUUGGGGUUGACGACGGAGGAAGGCGUGGAGGAGAUUGUUAAGGGGUGGGAGGAGUGGAUGGAGAGGGGGGAUGCGACUUUGGGGAUUGUUAAUGGGGAGGUUAUUGUGAGGAAGGAUGUGCGGAGGUUGUCAGGAACAAUGGAAAGUGCGUUGGAAGCGGUCAAUUCCGAUGCAUGCCCCUGA